AUGUCCGGCCGAGGUAAAGGUGGUAAAGGGCUGGGUAAGGGAGGCGCUAAGCGCCACCGGAAGGUCUUACGGGACAACUUUCAGGGUAUUACGAAGCCCGCCAUUCGCCGUCUGGCUCGCCGUGGUGGUGUGAAGCGCAUCUCUGGCCUCAUCUAUGAGGAGACCCGGGGGGUGCUCAAAGUGUUCCUGGAGAACGUGAUCCGUGAUGCGGUGACUUACACGGAGCACGCCAAGCGCAAGACGGUUACGGCCAUGGAUGUGGUGUAUGCGCUGAAACGCCAGGGCCGCACCCUCUACGGCUUCGGCGGCUGA